UUGAGUUGCAGGAACGCGUUCUUUUCUACUUUCCGUUCGAUUUUAUUUCCUUAUUAUUAUUAUUAUUAUUGCUAUUAUUGUUAUUACGAAUUAGUUGCACGUUUCGGUUCGGUUCUGUUCUGUUUAGUUCGGUUUCUCCUUAUUCCAACAGCCACGGCAACAAAUUAAAUUUUAACAAUAUAAUAAUAAUCCCUCCAACUAACUAAAUAUCUUCUCCUUACUUUCGGUUGUCGCUUUGUUUUGGUUGUGCUUUCUUUCAAUUCGGUUUCGCUUCGGUUCGGUUUGUGUCUCGGUUAUUAUUAAAAUAAAUAUACAUACUCGUAAAAGCAAACAUCCAUCCCCCCAGAAAAUUGUUUCGUAAUCGCACUGAAAUCGAAAUCGUGCGAACCAGCAACAAGUUUUCCACGAUCUGAGAUCAGAUCCGUCCAACAUUCAACAUCCAACAGGAAGAAAAGUAAACUUUCGGGCACACAAGCAACCCAUACGUACCCAUACGAGUAUACGGGGUAUACGCGCUCCUAACUAGGCUAUAGAAUACGCCCGAGAUCAGUCCACAGACAGAAAGACUUUUGUGUUCCACUUCGGUUGAUCCACUCCGCGUGCGCCUCAGGAUAGGAUCCCCCUGCAGUAUUAUCUCAAUAUCAACUGUAUACACUCUCCAUCCACUCUCUACAUCUGUCUCUUGAUCAAGUUUUACGCAAAAGAGAAAUCACAGCAGCAGCCACAUUAUGGUCGAGGGUCAGACAGCCGUGCAACAGCAGCCCCAACAGCAGCCACCUACUGGAGGAGCUGCCAACACUGCCAGCAGCAGCAGCACCACCACCACCGCCGCCACCACAGGAGCAGGCGUUGGCGCAGGCGGCGGAUCUACAGGAUCUACGGGAAAUGUGACGACCAAUAGCCAGGCGCAGACAAACGGCGGAACUGCCUCAACAUCGCCAGCAGCUGCCGGUUCUGGUUCGGGUUCAGGAUCGACGACAACUGGAUCGAAUGCCACUGGCCAGGCAUCCAAUGCCAACAAUUCAACAGCGAAUAAUAACAACAACAACAACAGCACCACUGCAAACAACAACAACAAUAACAAUAAUAACAACAACAACGAACCAGAUCCAAAAACUAAUCUGAUUGUUAAUUACUUGCCACAGACAAUGUCCCAGGAUGAGAUACGUUCGCUGUUCGUUAGCUUCGGCGAGGUGGAGAGCUGCAAAUUGAUCCGCGACAAGGUGACAGGCCAAAGCCUGGGCUAUGGCUUCGUGAACUACGUCAAGCAGGAGGAUGCCGAAAAGGCUAUCAACGCACUGAACGGUCUGCGGCUGCAGAACAAAACCAUUAAGGUAUCCAUUGCACGGCCCAGCUCGGAGAGCAUCAAGGGCGCCAAUCUCUAUGUAUCGGGUCUUCCAAAGAAUAUGACACAGUCGGACCUCGAAUCAUUGUUCAGUCCAUACGGCAAGAUCAUCACUUCGCGCAUACUUUGUGAUAAUAUCACCGGUCUCUCCAAGGGCGUUGGCUUUAUACGCUUCGAUCAGCGCUUUGAGGCUGAUCGAGCCAUCAAGGAGCUGAACGGCACCACACCCAAGAACUCCACCGAACCGAUAACCGUCAAGUUUGCCAACAAUCCCAGCAGUAACAAGAACAGCAUGCAGCCACUGGCCGCGUACAUAGCGCCACAGAACACACGAGGCGGUCGGGCAUUCCCGGCGAAUGCCGCUGCCGGAGCUGCAGCGGCAGCAGCAGCCGCUGCUAUCCAUCCCAACGCGGGCCGUUACAGCUCGGUUAUCUCUCGAUACUCGCCGCUGACCAGCGAUCUGAUCACCAAUGGAAUGAUUCAAGGCAACACCAUUGCCAGCUCCGGCUGGUGCAUUUUCGUCUAUAAUCUGGCACCAGAGACCGAGGAGAAUGUGCUGUGGCAGCUGUUUGGACCCUUCGGUGCUGUGCAGUCGGUCAAGGUGAUUCGCGAUCUGCAGAGCAACAAGUGCAAGGGCUUUGGGUUUGUGACGAUGACCAACUACGAGGAGGCGGUGCUGGCCAUACAGUCGCUCAAUGGCUACACGCUGGGCAACCGGGUGCUCCAGGUCAGCUUCAAGACCAACAAGAACAAGCAAACGUAAUUACUAUCCAAGUUGGCUGCUGUUGUCAAUGCCAAUGCGGCGGCGGCGGCCUUGGCGGCCAAUGGUCUGGUGCUCCACAACCAUCGUCAGAACAAUCAGAACAACAUCAGUAGUGGCAUCAGCAAUUCGAACAAUCCACAUGGCAAAUAUGCUAAUCACAACAACAGCGUUACUAGCAGCAACAGACAGCACAACACACACAACAGCAGCAGCAGCAACACGAGCAAGCAGCUGCAGCAGCCACAGCAGCAGAGGCUCCAAUCAACGACUCAAAGCAACAAGCAACAAUCAAUGCCGCCACCUAAGAGAUCAUCAGGAAACAACACUGCAGCAGUCGCAGCAGCAACAGCAGCAGCAGCCACAGCAACAAACAAUAGUACCAGCAACAGCAGCAGCAGCAAUAGCAGCCACAGCCACGCAGUGUCCUCCAAUGGCGAUGCUGGAGCCAGUGCAAGCAAUGGCGCUGCCGCCUCUUCCUCAUCGGCUUCUUCGUCGAGCAACAUAUUGAAAACAUCCACGAAAUUCAUUUACAACAAGCCACAAAAUCAAUUUGAGUUGCUGCAGCAACAGCUGCAGCUGCAGCAGGAAUUCGCUCAGUUUCUGACCAACGUGGCCAGCAGUGCAGUAGGAUCCGGAUCCAGCAGUGGAGCCAGCACAUCAGCAGGAGCAGCAGGAUCCCUGGGUGAAAGCCGGCGGAACGGAGGAGGCGGAGCAGGAGGAGCACUGGGCCUGGGCAUGGGCAUGGGCAUGGGACUGGGAAUGGCAGCCAAUGGAUCGUCAUCGGGUGCUGGUUCUGGCAACAAGAACAUGCCCUCCUGGUCGAAUUGGUUCUUUUAAAGAAACUUUGUUAUAUUAUGUUAUCCCUUAGUUACUCGAGUCAACCCUCAUUAAUUGAUUACCUUCUAUUUACUUCAAAUUAAUUUGUAAGCUGGCUAAGAGGCAAACAUACGGGGCAACUCCUUCGCUCAAGCCAAAGCGAUUAUUUUUUAUCAUUUUGAUAGCUUAAACCAAAGCAUUAUCCUAAAACAAAUCCUAGUUUAAGUUGAUUACUUUUCGACGAAUUAUGAAUUCGCUUUUCGUUUUGUAUCUUAUUCUUCACACAUUAAUUGUUUGACUUUAAUCGGGGGGCAGCAAAUCAAUCGGGCCCGUGAUUAAAUAGUACUACCAAAAUAAGUACAACUUUACCAUUAUAUUUGAUUUGUUAAUGCACUUUUAAAGAAAAACAUCUAACAGAAUGGCUUCCAGAACUGGGUAUAAACUGAGAGAAUCUGAGAGAAGUAAAGCUCUAGUUAAGUUUUUGUUUGGAAUGUGUACUCCACUCUACUCUACUCUAGACAUAUUUUUAAACGAGAGCUGAGUAUAAUAAGUGGAGGAACAUUUUCGAUGGCACUGAGGCCCACAAUCCACCAAAGAAUGAGAAACAAACAUGACAAAUAUUUAAGCUAUAAAUAAAUGUAUAAAUGAGAUACGAAAAAACAGAACUGAAUGCGUAAACAGAUACACGUAGAAGCGGGCGUGCGGUUUGGCAUAUAGUCAGACCAGGCCGUUUUUGCUAAUAGACAAUGCAGAGAAAUGCGAAGGGAAGGCUAGAUAAAAGAAGAUGAAUACGAGAAGCAACCAAACAAGACAUGCAUAUGUUUAUGUUUUAUAUUAAAUGUAUAACUUUUUCUAAAAUAAACGAUGUAUGCAUAAUAUACGUAUAUAUAGACAAGCCCUUUAUUCUAUACCCCCAACCCAUAACAACCCAUAAUGUUCAAUUUGUUCGAGCCUCCCAAACUAAUCUCCUACUCGUCAUAAAGUCAUACUGCCCCAUCCCUGCCCCUGACUCUCUGGUGUCAGUCAGCACAGAAACACAUCUGAACACACAUAAAAUGGCAGCAAGUGCUAAUUGAGAAUUUUUCGAAUACAACGAAUAAAUGUUUAAGAAAAAUCGAAAAAAGCAAACAGGCAAACGGAAAAAGGAUAAAAAUCAUAAAUAAAUAAUACAAGCAAAGUGAGACCAUAAUAGUUAUAAACUAAUCAACGAGUGUAAAGCUAAAACAAAGCCAGCUACAAAAUCUAAGCACGCCAUUCCAAAAAAGAAGCUAAAAAUGUAACUUUAGAAAAAGAUCAGAACAGUCCCUCCCUAGACAAAACAAGCAUAGAAGAAAAUAAAAUGGAAAUGGAAAGCCAGAGCGAGAGCAACGUAACUUAUGUAGAUUGACAAAAAACGCGUUUCAGCAUAACGAAUUUGUUUUAACCCAACUCAACAGCAAUAUCGAAGCAAGCGAAUA